GUUAAGUCCUUCCUAACACAAAAUCCAAUCCUAAGCUCUGCCCACAUUAUUUCUACCAUCCAUCUUCAACUCAUCAUUUCUCCAUUAAAUCAAAUAAUCAGUUUCUUUAAUUUCCCUAGAGUUAUGGCUUACAACUCAACACAUGAGUAUCUUAAGAUUGUGGAUACACUCACUCAUGACUACAACAUUCCUAACAAUAUUACAGAUUCAUUGUUGGGGUACCUAAAGUUUAUAUACAGAUCAGAACUUGAAGAUCGUUACAGCGCACCUAUGUUAUGGAUUGGGAUGUACAUUGCGUUAGCGUCUCUUGUUUGCAUCCUUGCCAUGGUGGCUGAAUUAGUACAUGGUUUUCGCAGCAGAAUGUUAUGGUUCCCCUCUAAAUAUUUUACUAUUAAUUCUGCUUCUCUUACGGUAAUAUCUGUCGCAAUGAAGUUACCUGUGGAUCUAACUGGUUCCAUGCCGGGUUAUGUGGACCAAAUGGCAAAGCUCGGAAGCAUGGCCUUUAUGUGUACCAUGAUGGCUAAUUUACUGCUUUCUUUAGGAACCAUGGACAACAAUGAACUUUUAUCAAACCUAGCAGCUUUGUCUGUUCAAGUCAUCACCUUGGUUGUGAAUGUUUGCAUUCAAAUGCAAACGGGAGCUGUAUCCAUAUCAACCCAUAAAGAAGAUCCCCGUAUCAUACAGCUUACUUCACCUACACAUAUAAGUACCCAUCCUAAUCCUGUAUUACCCUUUAUUUAUGUGAUUUUGUUAGUUUUCUUGUUGAUAGUAUAUAUAUGUUCAUCUUUGGCGAUUCUAAAAUCCAAACAGAUUUUGGACUCCGAAUACAAAAACGGUCAUGAGGUAGCUUCAGUAGACAUUCAACCAUCACCAGGAGAAAUAGUAACAGUUGAGAAGCUACAAAAGCAUGUUAGAAAUCACUGGGUAAUGUUAGAAAGUAGCAGGUGCCUCCACUUCAUAACAGCUUGCUUUCAUCCAACAUCUGCUUCUGGGGUAAUAUGUCUAUUAGUCACCAUCUUACACACUUAUACUAUGUCCGGGACCAUUAAAGCCAUGUUGGCUAAGGACUAUGAUUCGGAUUAUGGCUGGUCCAUGCUAGUAAUUCUCACAGUACAAUCGAUUGGAGUCCUGAUUGGUACAAUUGUACCACUUUCUAGAUGUUUUGCAACCUUAGAAUUUGAAACGUCCUCUUCAAUCCACUUUAAGGUUCUUGAAGUAGAACGCCACUGGACUCAUAAGUUAAAUGAUUGGAAACUUCAGAAGGGAGUUCCAUUGUUAUCUACAUUUGUGAUUUCCAAAUUGCUAAUUAUCCACAUUUGUAUACAACUUCAGAAGGGAGUUGUGGUGUUGUGCAAGAUAAUAGCCUUGAUCCCGUUUGUGUUUGUGAUAUGUGUCUUUUGUUGUUUCCUUUGUUUGAAGGCCGUAUAUAGUUCAUUGAGAGAAGAUGCUGUGAACUUGGAACAUCCAAAUGUAGAUAUUAGACCAUAUAUUUUGUAUUUUGAAAAUGGGAUGUGGGUUGGUGAGAGAACAAUUGAAGGCUUUUCAAAAUCAGUGAACCCAUUGAUACAAAAGGGUGCAAAAGGCCAACCCAAUUAUCUAAUAAAGCUCAUUCGAGAAAAAUCUACUGUUGAUUUUUAUGGAGUUGCAGUAUUUGACCAGACUGAUAUUCCAUCUUUGACAUCAGAAGUACAAGUACAAUUUCUUGGUGAUUGUUGGAGAUUAUCUGUGGUAACCCUUACAGCGAUUGCAGUUUCUCUUCCUGAAAUCGAAAAGGAGGAAGUUGAUUGCUUGUUGGAAUGUGUUAGGGAAGGUCUAUUAUAUGUUACAUUGGUGGAAACGAAACUCGAUUAUCGCAUAUUUCUUCAACAAGCAGCUGAAACUUUGUGGCAAGAAAUUAGCACCAAUAAAUGGUUAGGAAACGAGUUGCAAAACCCUGAUUUUCAAGAGUAUACAGUUGGACAAAUUGUUAAAUGGUUCAGGGAUAAGGCUAAAAAUGAGCUUGAAAAUUACGGGUAUAAACACGAUGAUUCGAUGCUUGUUUGUCUCAGCUCGAUGUCCCGUAUAACCGAAACAAUUCUGCUUACCUACGGCACCAACAUUGACGAUGCCACGCUGAGCCAAAAGGAACUAUUUGAUAGGUUAUCAUCAAUGAUCGCCGACAUAAUCGCAGCUUGUCUCACCAACUUACCACAAAUCAUAACAAUGAAAUGUCACUACAUGUCUGCGAGAAAGGAAAGGGAGGCCAGUGUUAAAGAUGCAGCCCAGCUUCUAGGUGAGACUACAGAAAUAAUCAGACUCCUUCAAGAUCAUCGUAUUCCACGCAUGAAUCCAAGUGACAUGCCAUUUCUCUACAAAUGGCGUGCUUAUUUCAGGAAUCCUUCUUCAAGUGAUGAAGGGCAUGCAUCUUUACUACUCGAAGUCUCAAAGUCACCCAGGGCGGUCAACUAUGAUCCUUCAAGAAGUUGGUUUGCACAAUUAGCACCCACAGAGUAUGGUGACCAAGUCCUUAGUUCUCAUAUUAGUUUGUACUCUUCCUAGUUUACUAGAUUGUAAAUUGUUGUCGGUUACAAGUGGUCGAUAAGUAUCUGGUUUUCAGUGUGGCUUGAGGAAUGCUUGGAUGCAAUAUCUUUAAGGAUUUGUUGUCUUGGUA